AUGCAUUGGAAAGGCCUGCGACUCGUCGCCGAUGGCAGCUCCAAACGUCAAAGCACUAUGGAACCGCAAACGCAGGCCCGUCACAGCGAGCACCUCCCUCGUCCCUCUCCGCCUGAGACCGAACCCAGAUGCUCGGAAGCCUUGCCUCGCUCGACCGGGCUCGAUAUUUCAUCCGAGGAAGCCCUGAAUCCCACACCGGGGGAUGACGCUCUCGCAGAUACGGAGCCGGGCCAUGCUAUAGCUCGGACGGACUUCGCUGGGCCGCCGACAAGGUUAUCUGUGGAUACGCCGAGUCUUCGCAGGAAUCGCUUCAGCUUUAUGAGACUACGGCAUGCUUCAGAUCCUCAGCUAUCCAAAAGCUAUGCCAAGGCUGCCCAGGACACCCCCCUGUGCCUUCUCUUCCUCGUAAGUGGACGCUCAACAAUUGACACGCUCCCUACCGUUGUACCGUGGUUGGAUGCUCCGGGAAUGGCCCUUAUCAGUUUCACGACUCCCACAAUUAUCACCACCGCCCCUACCAGCAACGAACUCGAUCAACCUGUUAAACAGCGAAGCAAGCUCGGCCUUCUACCCUUACGAAAACGCUCCAUGGAGGAAUUGUCCCGAAGCUCAGUCGACAGUCCUAGAACGAAACCCGCGCGGAAGAAUCAGGGAUCUACAGACUCACAAAUCGCCGAAUCCACCCUUUCGACGUUCCAAACUGCUCCGGAGCAGCCUGGGCGGCUUUCUACAACAUCACGACAAAAUGGCAGCCGAGAUCAACUGAACGAUUCGCAUCGCUCGUCAGUUACUGAUCCGCGAUUCUCCGAGUCCUCGCGGUCAGAUCAGAGCUAUGGGGACCAGACAUUUCGAACGAAUUCCCCUCGCGAGGGCCAAGGGUCUAUACCAAACAACAAGCGGUUCCGCCUGCCACGUUUGAAGCGAAACCGAAGCCCUCUAUUUCCUUUACCACCCAAGCCAACUCCCGUGAGCCGUGCACUGGACAACGCGCCCAAGUUCCCACCGGCCGACACUCCGAAAUCACAAGACUCUGAUGACGCCGAUCAGGUUUCACCUCUGCCCUCGCCGUCUCGCUCUUCAGUAGGGUUGCCUGCAUCAGGCGCACCGCCGCUGCUUCGGAAUGAUUCGACAAACUCGGCCCGCUCUGUACGGUCCAAUCCCUCCCACAAAGGAGGUCGAGGCAGAUCGUCCACGAUGGGAUCAUUGGCCGAGAACCAAGAAGACUUGUCUCCAGCACCAUAUAUGGCAUCAUCCGGGCGCACCUCCACUUCUACCAGUGGUCGGAAGAGUUUCGGUGACAUUUUCAAUAUCUCACAACGAUUGAGGCAGAACUCAGAACCACCAAUCCCUCGUCAUGGCUCUCCGGCGGUAGGCGGUUCGGGAACACCCGUUAAGCCCGACCUCCCUCCAAUUCCUUCGCGAGAUGAAGACGAUACUCCAGCGAGCUAUUUGACGAAGCUGGAGGAGAAUCUCCCACGGGGCGUGAUUGGCGGCAUCCUGGCUCAAUCGGAUGAUGAAUUCUACAAAGUUACCCUGCGAAAGUACAUGAGAUCAUUUUCAUACUUUGGUGACCCCAUCGACAUGGCAAUUCGCAAGCUUUUGAUGGAGGUAGAACUGCCGAAAGAAACCCAGCAGAUAGACAGGUUUCUGCAAUCCUUUGCUGACCGGUAUCACGAAUGCAACCCGGGCAUUUUUGCCUCUUCCGAUCAAGCAUACUUUAUUGCAUUUUCAAUUCUUAUCUUGCAUACGGAUGUGUUCAACAAGAAUAACAAGCGGAAGAUGCAAAAGCCUGACUACGUCAAGAAUACACGUGGUGAAGGUAUUGCUGAAGCCAUCCUAGAGUGCUUUUACGAGAACAUCUCAUACACCCCCUUCAUCCAUGUCGAAGACGCCAACCUGCGUGAUCGCCAGCUGGCAAAACCUCGCCGCGCCCUCUUCAAGACUGCUAGCUCGGAACAUUUAUCACGCAUGGCACGAGAGCCUGUUGAUCCGUACACCCUCAUCAUGGAGAACAAGGUCGACACCCUGCGGCCAAGCCUGAAGGAAGUCAUGGACCUUGAUGAUACAUACAAUCAUUUUGGGACUUCCGGGCCCCCGGAUAUGGAGGAUCUCCACCAAGCCUUUACCAAAUCUGGCAUUUUACAGAUCGUGUCUCUGCGUUCCCGACCGGAUGCAUUCAUGCAGACAAGCCUGAACAAUCCAGCUGAAUCGAAUCCUGGUCUGGUAGACAUCAAGGUUGCCAAGGUUGGCUUGCUUUGGCGAAAAGACCCCAAGAAGAAAAGAGCCCGGUCGCCGUGGGCGGAAUGGGGAGCGAUCCUUACCUUCUCCCAGCUCUACUUCUUCCGCAACGUCACAUGGGUACGUUCUCUGAUGGCACAGCAUGACGCUUACGUGAAGAAUGAACGACGUGGUACAUUGGUCUUCCGGCCGCCUCUUGCCGACUUUAAGCCGGAUGCUAUCAUGUCGACCAACGAUGCAGUAGCCUUGCUGGAUGAAAGCUACAAGAAACACAAACACGCGUUCUCGUUUGUUCGGCACAAUGCGUUGGAAGAGGUCUUCCUUGCCUCAUCAGAGCCUGAGAUGAAUGACUGGAUAUCCAAGCUCAACUACGCUGCCGCAUUCAGAACCACCGGUGUUCGCACCAAAGGCAUGAUUGCUACAAAUUAUGAAGGCCAACGGUACCGCAGAAGUCAGCGAAUGGGAUCUGACUCCUCACUAAGAUCGCUCGAGUCAGCCGACAGAGAGCCUUACUCGCCUUCUAUCGACACUGACAUUGUGGCCGAGUUCGUCGCCGCCCGCCGCGAGUUGAUGAGCCAGAAAAUCCGUGAGCAAAACGAGAAGCUGUUUGUGACUCAGAAGCAGCUUGAUGAUGUCCUGCGCAAUGCGCGUCACCUGCAAAUCUUAGCCCCGGUUCAUCCCCGUGCUCGAGAGGGAGUGAUUAUGGCUGCUGGGCGCAUGGCAGCAAAGCUCAAGUGGAUCCGACAGGAUAUCUCGCGCAACAAGUGUUACCGUGAGGUUCUUCUCCGGGAUCUUGGGGAAGUUGAGAGCCUGGCCGAGGGGCGAAUAGGGUCAGUUGCUGAUCAGACAAUUGCUUCUUCGGGUCCAGCGCGACUGGCCUCUCCGUCGGGACCUUCAGUCACGUCUGACCCUAGCGUGCAUCGUGUGCCUAGUGUUGUGCGCACGGCUUCUAGUCACGACGCCAACGAGCAAACCUCAGCAUCUACCGAUCGCCCCUCCGAGCCUAGCCUUCUCAAGCAGCCCUCGAAUGAUGAAAUGCGCCGCCCAAGUAUCCCGGGCUCAACCACGUCUUCUGACUUUGGCCGCGUUGGACGGCCUCUUUCCAUCGCUGUUGUUCCCGAACAGGGCGGAUCCGAGACGCAGGCGGCUCAGUUGGAGCGUGAAGCCUCGGUGCUUAGUCGCGGUAGCAGGUUUGAUGGCGCUAGUCUCGGCUCUCGGGCAUCGAAAAUCACCUCUCCCGCAAGUUAUGACGAGGGCGAGGAGCGGUUUCUCAGAGAGACGGGCCUUUUGGACAUCAGUGGCUCGCCCCCGCCAAAGGCACAGCCAACCACUGUGCCUGAAUCAGGCGCCGAUAACGUCCCAGACGAGACCUCAGAGGUGUCUCAGGGUGACCACAAGCCGAGUCGAGUACGACGCAGUCUUCAUCGCACCCUUCGCGAGCCACAUAAUGUGCAUCGCCAUCAUUCGCGGUCCAGUAAGAAAAACCGAGGAUCAUUGUCUAGUAUUGGUCCUCUUGAAGACGAUGAGAGCAUGGCUGAAAGCGAAGUCUUGUCUCGCAAGUCACCCCGCUUCACCGUUCACGGGAAGAAGGCUUCCAUCGUGACCUUUGGCUCCGAGUGGCAGAACAUGCCUCCUGAGGAACGGUUCAAACUUCGAAAGCCCACUCCGCAUGAGGAACCACGGGCUUCGGAGCCUUCUAUACUCGGCAGUACCGACCCGAUGACUUUGGAUAGCUACCCUGGAAGCCGGCCUCACUCCGUCCGCAGCAUAAGCACAACCACGGGCAUCAGCCUUCGCAGUGACGAUGAGCCAAUCGAGUUUUUCAAGGACGCCCAUGAAGACCUCGGCGACCCUUCAAGCACCCUGUCUCCCUUAACGCCGGACAUUGGCCCGGACGCAGUACCAGAACAACCUGUCGAGAACGAGAGCAUGCCUCGCUCUACCUCCGCCUCCGGGUCCGGCUCCGUAAUCCAUAACGGCCAUCUCACAACCCCAAGCAACGAUCGAACCACCCCAUCACCAUCUUCCUCCUCCCUCAACGAACAGCGAGCCGUCGACACCCCCUCAUCCGAGAACCUGCGCCAACAAGCCGUCGGCGCAUGA